AUGGCCGUUGUUGGGCUCAAGAAAGCCACCAUGGGAAUCCACAAGAAGAAGCUGUCUAAUCGGAAGAACAGUUGGGUCAUGCUCGCCGAGGGUAGCGGGUACACGCCGCUGCCGGGAGAAACAACGCUGUACCAGAGCCCGCCGCGCACCACACUCUCCUUGCAGUCUUCAGACAAAAGCCACCCUGCCGAGGCAUACUCACAGCAGUGCAAGUCGGGCGUGGUAUACCUCACAAACCGGAGAGUACGUUGUUCCCAUCCUAUCCUCCUACAAGCCCAGACGGAAGCAAGAGGAAAUGCUAACGACGCUGCGUUCAACCAGAUCAUAUACCUCCCCGUCUCGCCUUCCCCAACCUUCCAAUCCUUCGCCGUCCCCAUCCUCAACGUCUCCGACUCCCGCGUCACAGCCCCCUGGUUCGGCGCCAACAAAUGGGAAGCACUCAUCACCCCCGUCUACGGCGGCGGCAUCCCCGCGCCGCACUCCGCCCUCGAGCUCGUCAUGGAAUUCAAAGAAGGCGGCGCCUUCGACUUCGCCACGACCUUUGAGCGCCUCCGCGAGCGCUUAAAACAGGCCGUCGAUGUCGCACAGCAAGGCGGCGAUGGCGUCGAGGGCGACGGCAGAGGCGCCGGCGCGUUGGCCGGCGUCAAUCUCAGCUCGGUCCAUCUGGAAGACUUGCCUGCGUACGAGGACACGAGGUCUCAUGCAAGGCUGCCGGAUAACCUGCCUUCUCCGCCGCUGGGACGAGGCAGCGUAGGCACGGCCGGGACGUCGAGCACCGCGAACAGAAGUAGUCCGCCGUUGGGCAGCCCAAGGCAGGAACAGGAUAGCUUCGCGCCGCCGCCUUCGGAACCGCCGCCCGGGUAUGAGGAGGUGCAGCAGAGCAGUGUGGCGGACGAGCUGGAGAGGAGGCUAAGGUCGGUGUGA